AUGAAAAAUAGGCAUAUUAGUUUGUAUAGCUAUAUUGCUUUCUUAUUCGUUAUGUAUGGUGUAUGGCAUUUGACAAUACAAUCUAAGAAACAUGGAGGGUAUAAUGUUAGUGAAUUGUCUGAUCUCAUCUCAGAAUUGAAGAAUACAAUCUAACCUCACAUAAUCUUCAAUGUUUUAAAUAUUUUUACAGAAGAAGAGAUGAAUACAUUUAAUUAAACAAUACAUUAAAAGUAUUCUGAAUUUACUAUAGAAUUUAAUAUUGUCAAUGAUAUUCAUUAAGUUUAAGAUUAAAAUGGGUAUCUAAUAUCAUACUAUAGUAUAUUAGAUUACUUAUAAAUAUAUAGAAAGCAUAAUAUACAUUUUUAUUCAUUCAGAAAUUGGAUAAAAUAACAAUUAUGACAUAAGAGUUAAAUGACCCUUCGAUUUUUAAAAAUUUAAGAAGAUAUUUAAAUAAGUUUUAUCCUCUUGUCGAAUAAGAAUCAUAAUUAGAAAGUAGAUAAUUUUAUGUAAAUAGACUUUUGAUUUUUGAUUUCUUUAUAAUAGGUAAUCAAUAUUAUUACUAAUUAAUAGAUAAAUAGAAUAAUAGUCAAUAUACUAAUAUAAUUAGUGAUAUAGAAAAGAGUAUACUAAAAUUAUAGGAUUAUUUUGGAUUGCCAACAGAUAAUAUAAGAAUAAACUAUAAAUUUAUAGAUGCUUUAAACAUUGAAAUUGUUUAAAAUCAAACUAUGUUAUAGAAACAAACAAUUAAUAAUUUUUUGGAUUAAUCAAAAUAAUAACAUAAUAUGAAUUGGAAAGAAUAUUUUCAAAUGAAUAUUUUAACUAUUUUAACAGAUGAUAAUGUUUCUAUAGAUUUAGAUAAUAGCGAAAAUGUAUAAUUUUAUUAUUCAGAACCAUAAAAUUUUAUGUUUUAAGUAAAUUCUUAAUAGAUGUUGUUCAGAAAUAUAUUCAAUACAUUUAUAUAAGUUUUUUAGUUGGAAGAUUAAUAAGAAAUUAUGAUUGAGAAUUAAGAUUUUAAACCAACUUUAGAAUUAAUUAGAGAUUACUUUUAGAAGAGAGAAUUUUAUAGGCAUAUUUUAAAUUUCAUAAAAGAAUUACAAUAUAUUCAAUUUAUUUAAUAGGAAGGAGAAUAUAAAAUAAGUCUAAAGAGUUAAAAAGAAUUUGAAAAUCGAGUCUAAUACAUUAAGGAUACAUUAAAUAACAAGAAUAUAAGUAAAACAGAUACAGUAAAUAUUUUGAUUGAUGAUUCCUUUUCUGAUCUUGAUACUUUUUCUUUUGAAUACACGUAAAAAUAUAAAAUUAAAAUAAAUAGUUUGGGAAUGUAUUUACCUUUGAUUUUACCCUUUGCAUAUCCAAUAUUAUUGAGUAUAUAUGAUGAGUUGUCAAGUAAAUGA